AACACACACACGAAGGGGAAAAACAACCGCUUGCAAAAAUAGAGAGAAUCCAGCAGCAGAUUAAACUUGGGGAAGUAAGAAUUUUGGUAGAAAAGUAAUCAAUCUUCUUCAUUGAAUUCGUGACUACAACCCUUUGAUUUUUAGAAGAAAUUCGUAAUCGGAGUCAACGAUCAGAGUAUGUGGGGUAGGGUUGAAGUUGAAUUGUACCCUCGCAAGAUUUUCCGAUUUUUGUCUUCCCUUUUCCUCUCUGGAAUUCGAUCUAUGCCGCAAAUUUUCCAGCAAAAUUUCUAUCUCCCAAUUGCAUUUCCGUAUCCGAAGAGGCACAAACGGCGGAGUUGGGAAUUUGAUAUAGUGAGAAGACUCGGUUAGCGGAUUUGGGAGUCGGAUCUUUUCAACAUUUUCAGUUUGAACCCUAAUUUUGUAGUUGAAGCUGGAAGGUAAUGAACGGGUCUGUUUCAACCAGUUGUGCUACCUCUUCAAGUUGCAGCUUCAUUGGAUUGUCGGGUAGGAACUCAAGGGUAUUUUCAUAGUAGGAGGGGUUUGAGUUAGAUCCGGAGUGUGAAAUUAUAGUUUACUGGUGCUCAACUCCAUAUGCUUUAUUUUUAGUUCUUUGCGUUGGAAGAUGUCGUGGGUGAAGGGUAAAUCUCCUGGUUGGGCAGCUUUUAACCUUAAGCAGCAGAAUAAUGGCCUUCAAGAUGAGGUUGACCGGGAUCCCUUCCCACCAGUGUCAACCACCCUUUCCUCUCUGCCACCUUGUGAAAACUCGCACCAUGUUAAUGGUCGUUCAGGGAGAUCUUUCUCAUUUGCUCCCCAUCCUUCUGCCAAUUCUCUGACUUCACCAGAAAAAUUUGAUGCAAAAAAGACAACUCUAGAAAAUAUUGGUGCAAAGAAGACAAUACUUGAUGUUUCUAACCUUCAAAAUGGCAAGAAGGUGGUUGAAGAAACCGCUGAUGUUUUAUCCUUUUGGAAGCUUAAAGAGCUUCAUUCCUGGGCCGAUAUUAGCUUGAUUAUGGAUGUAAUGGAAGCUGUAAAUAAUAACUUCGAUGAGGCAUCUACUUUAUUAAAAACAAUGGUCGCUAGUGACAAUUUUGAGAUCAAUAAUGAGAUGAGCACCUUAGGACUGCCUUACUCUAACGAUCUAUCGUGGGUGACGGGUAAUUAUCCUGGCUGGGAAGAGUUUAACCUUAAGCAACAUAAUAGAGGCCUUCAAGAUGAAACUGACCUGGAACCACUCCCACCAAUGUUAACCGGCCAUUCCUCUCUGCCACCCUGUGAAAGCUUGCAUAGAGUUUAUGGGUGUUCAGGGAAAUCUUUCUCAUCUGUACCCCGUGCUUCUGCCGAUUCUCUAACUUCUCCAGAAAAUUAUGGUGCAAAGAAGACAAUACCUGAUGAUUCUAGCAUUCAAAGUGGCAAGAAGGUGGUUGAAGAAAGUGCUGAUGGGUUAGCCUUUUGGAAGCUUAAAGAGCUUCAUUCUUGGGCUGAUUUUAGCUUGAUUGUGGAUAUAAUGGAAGCUGUUAAUAAUAACUUCAAUGAGGCAUCUACUUUAUUAAAAACAAUGGUUUCGAGUGACAAUUUUGAUAUCAAUGAUGAGAUGAGCACUUUAGUAUUGGAUUCCGCUAAUGAUUUAUUGUGCAAUGGGAAGAAUGAUGUAAGUACAUCAUUAGAAAGAACAGCUAAUAUUCCUAUCCCUAGCUCCACACUAAAGGAUGUGCAAGGCGUGCAUCAAAAUAAUAAUGCAUGUGAAGAAAAUUAUACCAAAUUGUUUGAAAAUAAUUAUUUUGAAAGAAAUUUCUUUCAUAAUGCCGGAUAUCCAAAAAUAGGUCUUGGUUUGUCAAAGUCUGUUCCUAUUGAGCCCGAGUGGGAAGAAGAUGAUAUUUACCUGAGCCAUCGGAAAGAUGCUAUAGCAAUGAUGAGGUCUGCAUCUCAACAUUCAAGGGCAGCCACUAAUGCCUAUCUUAGGAAAGAUCAUGCUUCUGCCAAGUAUCAUUCAUCAAGAGCUCAAGAACAAUGGCUAGCUGCAAAAAUGUUAAAUGAUAAGGCAGCUAAUGAAAUUUUACAAACAAGGAAUAGUAAAAAUGGGCUCUGGAAGUUGGAUUUACAUGGGCUUCACGCCGCAGAGGCUGUUCAAGCCUUGCAAGAACACUUACUGAAAAUUGAAACUCGGAAUGCCUCCAAUCGGUCGUUGUCACCAAAGAAAUCUGAGAGGAAAGGAUUCCAAUGUGCUUCAUCCCUCGAGUAUCUUAGUUGUAUGGACUCAAAGGUGGACAAAGAAUCACCAUCAUCUAGACAUAGGCCCACAUCACUGGAAGUCAUAACAGGUAUAGGUAAACAUAGUAGGGGGGAAGCUACUCUACCAAAGGCUGUGACAAGUUUUCUUAGUGAAAAUGGGUACCGUUUCGAACAGUUAAGGCCUGGGACGAUCAGCAUUAGACCAAAGUUUCGAAGGUAAAUGGCUAAAGCACAAGCAAGCACCCAUUAUUAUUUGUUAGUAUUGGCUUCAGGAGAAUAUAAUGUAAGUUAUUUAGUUAGAACUUAGAUUAGAGUAGUUGAAGAUUGCCCAAGUGAAAUUGAAACGUGUAAAAUGACUGAAAACAUUAUCUAGGAAUUUGUCUAUUCGAUGAAAUCUUGAACCUUAGAAGGCUGUACAGGAGGGGGAAGGAUUAAGCAUGAUGGAUUGAUUGAUUGUUUACAAACAUUGCUGUAUUGUUAUGAUGUUCUCUUUCUUUGAAAAGAUAGAAUUGAGAAAGAGGUUAUAACUUUA